AUGGCUGACGUUGAAGCUAAUAAUUCAAUAGAACCAGAAGAGGUGAACACGGGUGACGCUUCGGAUGAAAAUCAAGCUAUUGAGACUCCCGAUAAAACAAAGGAUGUGAUCCAACAAGAAGGGGAGUUGGGUGGUGGUGAAGAGGAGCCAGAGACUAAUGCUCUAGUAGAUGAAAACGUGAAUUCUGAAACAGGAGAGGAAAAAAUUGCAGACAAUAUCGAAAACGACACGAAUCUGAAUACUGAAGAACCACAAGAGGGUGCCGAGAGUGACGAAGAACAGAAUAAUAUUUACUCAAUCCAACGUCAUAAAGUUCUGUCAGAAGAAAGGGAGUCCACACAAAAGAAAAAUGUUAGAAAGCUCAAAAAACUGGAAGUGGAUGAUUCUAUCAAUGAAGGAUUUGUCCCUAUGGAGGUUGAAAAUGGGGAGCAGAUAUUAAAUGAGACCCCAGAUGAAAGAAGAAGAAGACUCUUGGAAGAAAGAAUGGAAUUAGCAAUGAAGUCUAAAACGACAAGACGCAGAAGAGCAGAUGAAGAUGAUCUAGAAAGAAUGCAGGAUGAUAAGAUUGACGACUUAAAGGACAAGAUGAUCAAAGCUGCUAAUUUGGAUGUCGAAAAGAACUCACAAGGUCAAAUUGCAACUGAGAAGUUGAAAUUACUUAAGGAAGUCACUGAUGUGUUAUCUAAAGCUGAUCUAGCUAUAUCUAUUUUGGAUAAUAAUUUAUUGGAAGCAGUAAGAUUGUGGCUUGAGCCUUUACCUGAUGCGUCUAUGCCCGCAUAUCAAGUACAGAAAGAGUUAAUUUACUCUUUAACAAGCUUGCCCAUAAAAACUGAUCAUUUGGUAGCAUCAGGUAUAGGAAAGGUGCUAGUGUUUUAUCAAAGAUCAAAGAGAACUGAACCAAACUUGAAAAAGAUAGUUGAUAGAUUAAUCGGUGACUGGACUAGGCCAAUACUAAACAAAUCAGACUCUUACAAAGAUCGUACUAUCCAAUUCCAUGAAUAUAACAAACGUAGGUUUACAAACAAAUUAUCUUCAGCUCGUCGCCAUAAGCCAAAGGAGGCAAAGACAUUAUAUGAAGAAAGUGCUGAAAGAAGAAAUAGAGCAGCUAUCCCAAGUGCGAGAACAACAGCAUAUAAGAUUGCACCGAAGGUUGAUCCUAGUAUUUUAAGAAGGCAACAAAACAUGGGUGGAAGUGAUGAGAGAUUCAAGAGACUUAAUCAAAAACUAUCGUCUAUGAAUAUUAAAAAGAAAUCUAGCAAGAAGUCUGGUCCCUCUAUUGAAGGUAGAAAUUUAGCUAUUUAA